AGGAAUCGCGAUUUCGGUACCGGGUGACCUAGCGUCGUCCAUGUCGGGUGAUCAAUCUGUUGUAGACUUCAAAGCAUACCUAGGAGAUGCUAGAGUCAUCCUGCAUCCCGAGUCAUCAAAUCCAGCCUACGCCAACUCUGCUCUGAAAGCAAUAGAUGGAAAAUUUUCUCGAGACAUUCAAGACUGCGCCAAUACAGACAUUACAAUUCAAAAGAAAACAUUUACAGUUACAAUGUCCAGAACAUAUCCAAUCAAAGCAGUUCGACUGUAUCUUCCAGAUGUUCAAGACAUCAGUAUUUUCAAUGGGUUGAUGGUUAAGACUGGAAGUAACAGUCAAGAAUGGCACAAUUGUGGGGCCAGUUAUGAUGCUGCUACAAUGAGCCGAUUUCCUCUUUUUGAAUGCGGAUUCUACAACGAUCAAGUUGUGUCAGUGGAAUUAAAUAACAGCUAUUCAAGUCUUUCAUUAUGCGAACUCGAAGUCUACUAUGGUUCUCGACUCAAUUUACAAGCUAUAGGUGUUACCGCAGAUAUAUAUCCUGAGACUUUUGCUGACAACUUGGGUGAAGGCAAAGCUGAAAAUGCUAUUGAUGGGUUUGCUCAUAUUGGAGAAACAGGUGUUGCUGGUGCUACUUAUUGUGCUGUGGGCCCUUUUGGGGCUGAAAACAUCCGCUCGUCAUAUCUGCGUAUUGAUCUAAGAACUGAUUGGGUUGUUAAAGCAGUUGGAUUAUUCCUCAGAGAUGGUAGCGAUAGACAAUAUUUGCAAAACGGUCUUCAAGUACGUGUAAGUGCAGAACCAGAGUUAGAAAAUUCAAGUCAAUGUGGAAGAAGCUAUCACUACACGAAGAAUGGCAUAAACCCAGUAUUUCGAUGCAACAAGCCGACUAGAUAUAUAUGGACUGUUCUCAAAGGGAUCAUACAAGUGUGUGAAAUUGAGGUUUUUGGUGGUGUUGUGGGAGAAAGGGAUAAAGUAUUGAACUCUUGCUCUUAUCCAAGUUCAAUCCUAGACGGUAACCUGACUUUGAGUGGCUUGACAGUCGGUAGUGUAGCAACGUAUCAGUGCAAUGACGGACUUUACUUGAUAGGACCUUCGCAAAUAGAGUGUGAAGCUACUGGAAGUUGGAGCCACCUACCACCACUUUGUACAAAUGUUUGUCCUGAUCUUGCAAAUAUCUCCAACGGGCAAAUACGUUAUUAUAGCGGCUUUACGUCAAGAGAUUUUGCUGCAUUCACCUGCGAAGACGGCUACUCUCUGGAAGGUCCAUCAACCAUUGAAUGCCUAUUUAGCAAUAAUAGCAAUACUUCCACGUGGAAUAGUAAUCCACCCAAAUGUGUUAGAAACGGUGCGAUCUGUGAAUUUCCUGUCACACCAGCCAACGGAGAGAUAAUCAUUGAACGUUUUCUUGAAACUGAAAGAGGACUGAAAGUGCCUCGAGCAAUUCGCUACGAAUGUAAGAGAGGCUUUGUCGCUUCUGGUAGUGGUGGAUUCAGAAUGUGUAGAGCGACUGGGAUUUGGUCCAGUAAUCCGAUCAUCUGCAAACCUGUUCAUUGUGGCGCUCCACAACUAAUAAACGGCGGCUACCAAAUGCAGAACGACACUUAUGGGGAAAUAGCAACAUUUCACUGCAAUCAAGGCUAUAAGUUAAUCGGUGAAGUUACCGGCACUUGCACAGAGACAGGAGAAUGGAGUUCUACCAGAUCAUGUAAACCUGUCAGGUGUAGAAGGCCUCCCUACGAUUAUAUCAUGAUAAUGCGAUCAACCAAUACCACGUACAGAGGAAUAGCAAGCUUUUCUUGCCCUGUGGGAUAUAAUCUGAUUGGAGAAAAGACUUCACAAUGCUUGGAGACGGGAGAAUGGAGUGCUUCUACGCCGAGAUGCCAAAUUGUAAGUUGUGGUGAACCUCCAAUUCCAAGCAAUGCUGUUAUUACUGGAAAAUACACAUAUAACUCAAGAGCUUUCGUAACGUGUAACAAUGGUUAUAAGUUGUCUGGGUCAUAUCGACUCACAUGCAACAGCAAUGGGGCAUGGAAUGAUGCGCCAGGAGUUUGUACAGAAACACGUUGUUUUCCUCUAACGGCUCUUACUCAUGGCUCAAUUAAUUCGACAAGCGGACGAAAAUUUGAAUUCAAAGUUGGAGCAACUCUGGAAUUUUCAUGCAGUGUCGGGUACGAUCUCGUUGGAUCAACAUCUUUAGAAUGCACUCAGGAAACAAAUAAAGACGCCAGAUGGAGCCACAAAGUUCCUUCCUGCACAGCGAAACAGUGUCCACAGCUUACUGCUCCUGUCCAUGGCUACAUAAGAGGAUCAAAUAAUCGUCAUCCUAACAGCGUUUAUUUUGGAUGUGACUUUGGAUAUAUAAUCUCUAAUGGCAGUAGUAAACUGACAUGUGGUCAUACUGGACAGUGGAAUGGAAUAGUGCCCCAUUGUAUAAAGGUGAAAUGUGUAUCACCAGUUGAAGCAAGUAACCUAAACUGUACUGGAGGAUAUCAAUUUGGAGAUCAACUUAAUUGCGCAUGCCCGUAUGGCUUCGUUCUGAUUGGCCAUGCUACACUUCAAUGCACAGGAAGCGGACAAUGGACAGCUCAAAUCCCGCAAUGCCAACAGGUGGUAUGUAGACAUCCGAGUCUGCCAACAAACGGUGCCUACGUCAACGUACGUUCAUUUUACGUUGGGGGCAAUGCUACGUACUCGUGUGGCAGCGGGUACGAUCUGGUUGGCUCGAAACAAAGAACAUGCAAACAACUUUUGGAAAACUCUGCAGUUGGAUUCUGGGACGGACAUCCGCCACACUGUACACCUAAACGAUGCAGUGUACCUAAAGAUCCUGUCAAUGGCAUAGUAAUGGGAACGAAUUUUUAUUAUCCGUACUCCAUUGAAUAUCAAUGUCACUUUGGGUUCGAAGAAGAGUCUGGAAACGUUAAACGAACAUGUGAUUCAACAGGCCAAUGGAGUGGACUACCUUUAGUUUGUCAGGAUGUAUGCAUGAGUUUGCGAUCGAGAUGCUCUGAAAUAGAAAAAUGUAUUGUUGGCUCGAACGGACAAGGCUUGUGUGUUUGCAAAGAUCAUUCUUAUUGUUCACAAGAAUCUGAUCCAGUAUGUGCUACUGAUGGACAGACAUACCUGAACGAAUGCUUCUUGAAGAUAACAGCUUGUAACUUGCGUUUGUCUGACUUGCAAAUAGUAGCUAAGGGACAUUGCAAACCUAGCAACUCGAUAACAACGCGUUAGCUCUUGUGUAGACGUGACUGUAGAUAAUAAUUUUGGAAUUCCAUUGUGUUAAUGUGUUUGGAAUACCGACUAACCGAGGUCAAUUUGGAAAUCACAUCUGUUUUUGUGAUUUAUCUCUACUAAACGUCUCAAUGUAUUGCUGUAGCAUAAAAAUAACAUGUUUAUA